GUCACUUACGAGGGAGGAGGAGGCGCUGAGGCAGAGAGAAAAUUGUACUGUGAGGACCUUGACAGCUUCACGGCGGGCUUUUCCCUUUGCCUCCCUAUAUUUUUCUGGCAUAUUUAUUUUUUUUUCUUUUACAAACUGACUAUCUAAAAAUCACACCUUCUCGCACUGAAGAAAGCAUUUGACUUUCUUAUAGAUACCCAGCAAGCUAUCAGAGCAUUCUCCAAGAGAGGCCAGGGACAGGGGCGCAGGUGCACAGCGAAGGCUGGGGGUGCGCUUCUUGGCGACUUGGAGCUCUUUCUCUCUUUGCGCUUUCCAGGCACUGAACUCUGAGCUGCAAGGACAGGAGCACCGGCACCUUCAGGACUAAGGCUCUGCCAUGAGCGUACCCCAGUGAGGUGUAUCCAGCUGCGGCCACCUCCCGAGCUUCCCAGCGCGCAGACCUCCCUCUCUCGCGCAUCUCCAGCCUCAGGGUCUUUCCUCCUGGCCAUAACCACUGGGUCCCCCUGCGAAUAUCCCGGAUUCUCAGCCCUUGCCAUCCCACUCCUGCCUCUGCGUCCGACCAGUGGUUCCCUCCCGCCCAGGACCACAGAACCCGAUCUGAGCUGAGCUGCUUUGCCGCCAGCUCUCCGGUCUUGGCAGGACACGCAUCCCGCUUGGACUGGUUUGGCUCCGGAGGUGCACGGGGCGCAUCCCGCCUUCUCCUCCUCCGCCCCCAGGUUUUGCUGUCCUCUCCUGUCUGCUAGUCAGCCUACUUCUGCGCCAGCUGCGAUCCUUUUGCCUUUCUUGCAUAAACCAUGUCAGGCUCCGGGAGAAAAGACUUCGAUGUGAAGCACAUCCUGCGACUCCGCUGGAAACUCUUCAGCCAUCCUUCGCCGUCCCCAGGCAGCCCGGCGGGGGGCGGCUGCCUGCAACAGGACAGCAGCGGCAGCUUCGAGCACUGGGGACCCAGUCAGAGCCGCCUGCUCAAAAGCCAAGAGAGGGGCAGUGUGAGCACUUUCUGGAAGAAACCUUCCUCUUCCUCCUCUUCAUCAUCCUCCCCAUCCUCUUCCUCCUCUUCCUUCAAUCCACUGAAUGGCACCCUGCUCCCAGUUGCUACCAGGCUGCAGCAAGGGGCUCCUGGACAAGGCACCCAGCAGCCGGCCAGGACUCUUUUCUACGUGGAGUCCCUAGAGGAGGAGGUGGCGCCAGGCAUGGACUUUCCUGGACCACAUGAAAAGGGGCUGGUCCUGCAAGAGCUCAAAGUGGAGCCAGCCAACUCCAGCCAGGCAACAGGUGAAGGAUGUGGACACAGGGUCUCAUCAACCAGUCAUUCACUGACACCUCAAAGUGAUUUGGAUUCUAGUAGCUCUGAAGAAUUCUAUCAAGCAGUUCACCAUGCUGAGCAAACCUUCAGAAAGAUGGAGAGUUACUUGAAGCAGCAGCAACUCUGUGACGUUAUCCUGAUUGUUGGGAACCGAAAGAUACCUGCACAUAGGCUCGUUCUGAGUUCAGUCUCUGACUAUUUUGCUGCCAUGUUUACAAGUGAUGUUUGUGAAGCCAAGCAAGAGGAGAUCAAGAUGGAAGGUAUAGACCCCAAUGCCCUCUGGGAUCUUGUCCAAUUUGCAUAUACAGGUUGCUUGGAAUUGAAAGAAGACACCAUUGAGAACCUUCUUGCUGCAGCAUGCCUUCUUCAGCUUCCUCAAGUAGUGGAAGUGUGCUGCCACUUCCUCAUGAAGCUUCUGCACCCAUCUAACUGUUUAGGAAUCCGAGCAUUCGCAGAUGCUCAAGGGUGCAUCGAAUUAAUGAAAGUGGCCCACAGCUACACAAUGGAAAACAUAAUGGAAGUUAUAAGAAAUCAGGAGUUUUUACUCCUUCCAGCUGAGGAGCUCCAUAAACUACUAGCCAGUGAUGAUGUAAAUGUUCCUGAUGAAGAAACCAUCUUCCAUGCAUUAAUGAUGUGGGUCAAGUAUGACAUGCAGAGGCGAUGCAAUGACCUGAGCAUGCUUCUUGCCUUCAUACGACUGCCACUACUUCCACCACAGAUCUUGGCUGACCUAGAAAACCAUGCAUUAUUUAAGAAUGACUUGGAAUGUCAAAAGCUGAUCCUGGAAGCAAUGAAAUAUCAUCUACUGCCAGAAAGAAGAACUUUAAUGCAAAGUCCAAGAACUAAACCCAGAAAAUCUACAGUUGGAACACUCUAUGCAGUAGGAGGAAUGGAUAACAACAAAGGAGCUACAACCAUAGAGAAAUAUGACCUCAGAACAAAUUUGUGGAUCCAGGCAGGGAUGAUGAAUGGCCGGAGGUUGCAGUUUGGUGUGGCUGUUAUUGAUGACAAACUCUUUGUAAUUGGAGGUCGAGAUGGCUUAAAGACACUGAACACUGUUGAAUGUUACAAUCCCAAAACCAAGACCUGGACUGUCUUACCGCCAAUGUCAACACAUAGACACGGUCUAGGGGUAACGGUGCUUGAAGGCCCUAUUUAUGCUGUGGGAGGCCAUGAUGGCUGGAGCUAUCUGAAUACAGUGGAAAGGUGGGAUCCGCAGAGUCAGCAGUGGACAUUUGUAGCCAGCAUGUCAAUUGCUCGGAGCACAGUUGGUGUAGCAUCAUUGAAUGGCAAGUUGUAUUCAGUUGGGGGUCGUGAUGGCAGUUCCUGUUUGAGUUCAAUGGAAUACUAUGAUCCUCACACAAAUAAGUGGAACAUGUGUGCUCCGAUGUGCAAGAGGAGAGGGGGUGUUGGAGUGGCCACAUGUGACGGUUUUCUUUAUGCAGUAGGUGGUCAUGAUGCUCCUGCUUCAAACCACUGUUCCCGGCUCCUGGAUUAUGUAGAAAGGUAUGAUCCCAAAACAGACACUUGGACCAUGGUGGCUCCUUUGAGUAUGCCCCGAGAUGCUGUUGGAGUGUGUCUCCUUGGUGACAGAUUAUAUGCUGUUGGUGGCUAUGAUGGGCAGACAUACCUCAACACCAUGGAAUCCUAUGAUCCACAAACUAAUGAGUGGACACAGAUGGCAUCCUUGAAUAUUGGGAGAGCAGGUGCCUGUGUGGUCGUCAUCAAGCAACCUUGACUUAUGUUUAUUUUACUUGGAGGGAUUUUAUUUGCUGAAGUGGUUAUUUUUAUAUUAUAUUGCAAGAAUGAGAAUGUCCUGAGAUGAAAACAUUUCAAGAACAAGGAUUUCUGUAGAUUUACCUACUGAUGUCAAAAGAGGUGAAGAUCAAAGAGAAUUAUAGGGAAGAAGGAAACAUCAAAGUGGUGCAUAGUUCUGGCCAUAUGUUAGUUCAGGAAUGGUAAUUGGUAAUUUAUUUUGUAUUGUAGCAUACAAUAACUAGAGUUACCAAAGGCUUGUUUUUUCUUGAGCAGUUGAAAGGAGACUAAUAUUUGUGACAUGAAUAAAUUACAUGACAGCAAAUCAUUCUAUUGUUUUACAAUCUGUGGCGAUAUGGAACAGGUUGCCAAGAGUAGAAGAUAUGCUGUUUCAUCUCACAGAAUCUGAUUGAUUUACUGUUUUCCUAAUCAGAUGUGGUCAUAACAGGAAGCAGAAUAAUGUUUUAUUAAAACAACCUGCUCCUUCCUCAUUUUUCUAAGCUACGAGGAAAAUUAGAGAAUAGAUUCACGCUUGUCUCUUGCAUUCAGAAAACAAACUGUCCUGCUAUUCAAAGCUGCAUAUUUCAUCAGAGACAAUGGUUGAAAUGUAUUGCAACCAUAUUAGCAAUCUAAACUGGCAAAAGCAAGGAAUUGUUUUCAUUAGGCUUGCCACAUUGCUUUGUGAUUUGAACACACUGAGCCAAAGAAUCAAUACAAUUAUGGGCUUUUGCCUUAUGUUGAGUUCAGUGUAAGCAUGGAAGCUAGUUAUUCUGAAUGUUUUAUAUAUAUAUAUAUAUAUAUAUAUAUAUAUAGAUAUAUAUAUAUAUACCCACUGCAUGUAAAGUCCUUUAGAAAUUUUGUUCUUUAAAAAAUAUAUUAGAAUUUUUCAAGAAAAAAUAUAAUUCAUUAUGUUGGAGUGUUUAUGAUUAUUACUGUAAAGAAGACAGGCUUCAGAUUCUCAUUUCCCAUUUUUUCAAACUUGUUACAUUGAUUUGUACAUUAUUUUAAGCCAAAUGUUUGUAGUUGUUUAAAUCAUAAAAUAAUAACAUUGCAUAACAUCCUUAAUAAAUAUGCCCAUGUAAAUUUUAAAUACAAUUAAUAAAUAAUAGAACAUUUGCUUUUAUCAGUGUAUCUUUCUUAAAUAGAUUUUAAUUUAGAUCUAGGUUGAAAUUGACAAGGUAUACUACUGAGAAAAACAGUGUUAUUGUCUUACUUUUCAAAAUUAGAGAAACACAAAUUGAUUUCCUCCUAAAGCAAUACCAUGCAGACACCAUUUGUGGUUAUUGUUGUCUUUUGUAGUCACUGACUUGAGACAGUAUUAGUGCCUUGAAAAUAUUCAUCAUAUAAUAAAUUAAGAAUUGUUCAGAAGUUUUAAAAUGCAAAUAAAUUCUUCUUUUUUAAGUCAGUGUAGACCACAAAAUUAACUUAUUGUUGGAUGGUGAAAAAUGUUUGGAAUCUAACAACUAAGGAAAAAUUAUUGAGAGAUUUUCCCAAGAAUAUAUUGAGAAACUAUAAAUUCCCCAAGAUCUAGAUAACAAAAUUAUUACUUACAAUCCACCACAGAAAAAUUAUGUUGUUAUAGAUAAAGAUCUAAGAUGCUACUGACUGUUUUUAAAUUCUGAUUUAAAAAAAUAUAACUCUUACCAGUAGCAAAAAAA